AUUUUUAAACACCGUAACCGUGAUACACAUUUUUGCAGUUUCACCGUCGCGUCGAUGUGCUUCCGCAUUUCGGCAGGUCUCUCAUUGAUUCUCGUAGCCGUUGGUGACUCGCAAAUUUAACGACCUUGCAAAAUGGUUUUUUUCACAGGCAACAGACUUCAGACUGACCCACACCUUCACAUUUUGCAGGUUGCCACACAAACCAGCUAGCAUGGAUGUCAAUAUUCCACGAUUAAAAAUCUCGCAUAUUUUAUGGAUUUGCUUGAUUGGUGCUCUGGUUAUCCGCGCGCUUUAUCAGCGGUGGAAAUAUCGGAGAAUAUACUCACUCAUGGCAUCGCUACCUGGACCUGUUCCUCUUCCUUUUGUAGGCGCCAGCUACAUCUUUGCAGGGACCACGAGGAAUAAUAUAUGUUCCAAAUUUAAAACAUUUGCGAAGAAUUAUCCUGGUGUUGCUGGAUUAUGGGAGCGGGAGGAGCCUCACGUGGUCACAAGCAGUCGGGAAGUAUUCAAUGCAGUUCUAUCUUCAGGAAAUGUUGAAAAAACUUACCACUAUGAAUACUUUAAAAUGGCUACCAGGUCGAUGUUCUCUGCCGUCGGAGCAGAGUGGCGUUUUCUGCGCAAUAUCGUGAAUCCAAGCUUUCGGACCAACGUCUUGAUGCUUUUUGAUGAUAGUUUUUACCACCAUGGCGAAGUCUUCGUCGAUCAACUAAAACAGCAUGUAGGCGGUGAUGGGUUUGACAUAUUUAUCCCCGUCCAUUUGUGCACUAUAGACAUGAUCUGCGACAACAUGAUUGGAACUCGGAUUCGCGCUCAGAAGAAUUGCUCAACCCGACUUUCCACUGCUAUGUUAGAAGCUGCCGAGAUGAUUCAUGAAAGAGUAUUUUCUCUACUACUCUGGCCAGAUUUUGUCUAUUCGCUUACAGGAAAGAGGAAAUUGAUAGACAAAUUACUGUACGAAUGUCAAAGCGUACCUCGUGAGAUUGUGGAGCAGAGAAUCAAGGAGAGAGAAACGGCUGGAGGAAAAAGGCAACAUUCCGAGGGUCCACAAAUAUAUAUUGACACGUUGCUGGAUAAGUUGGAUACAGCAGGCGACUUGACAAAGGAUCAUAUUAUUUCAGAGGUCUUUGAAAUUUUUGUUGCA